UGGCCCCUGCUGCUGUUGCGUUAGGAGGUGACGGAGCUGUCUCGCUGUUUGUCGGACGGAGGGGAACUUCGCGGCCACUACGGGUGUGGCUUCAAACGUGAUAAAUCUCAACGCGGGGUGAAGAAUGCCUAGCGGCGACAGGAACUGAGGCUAGACAAGAAAGAAACUGAUUUUUGAAAAAGCAAAGAUAAAGAGGCAGAGAUGAUAGUUGCCCACUAAACAGCAGACCUGAAGCGCGCACUGGGAACCAUGGGGUGUACAGUCAGUCAGGAAGAUAAAGCCGCGGCCGAGAGGUCUAAAAUGAUUGAUAAAAACCUGAGAGAAGAUGGAGAGAAGGCGGCGAGAGAAGUGAAACUGCUGCUGCUUGGUGCUGGCGAGUCAGGGAAGAGCACCAUUGUGAAGCAGAUGAAGAUCAUUCACGAGGAUGGAUACUCAGAAGAUGAGUGUAAGCAGUACAGAGCGGUGGUCUACAGCAACACAAUCCAGUCCAUUAUGGCCAUCAUCAAAGCCAUGGCAAACCUCAAGAUUGACUAUGAGGAAGCUUCCAGAGCGGAUGAUGCUCGCCAACUGUUUGCCCUGUCAGCAGCAGCGGAGGAGCAGGGCAUGCUGCCUGACGACCUGGCCAACGUCAUCCAACGACUGUGGGCCGACAGCGGCGUCCAGGGCUGCUUCACACGGGCCCGAGAGUACCAGCUCAACGACUCCGCAGCAUAUUACCUAAAUGACCUGGAGAGGAUAGGCAAGACAGAUUACAUCCCCACGCAGCAGGACGUGCUGCGGACUCGGGUCAAGACCACUGGCAUCGUGGAAACACAUUUCACCUUCAAGGACCUGCACUUCAAGAUGUUUGAUGUUGGUGGCCAGCGGUCAGAAAGGAAGAAGUGGAUCCACUGCUUCGAGGGAGUCACAGCCAUUAUCUUCUGCGUCGCCAUGAGUGCUUACGACCUGGUCCUGGCCGAGGAUGAGGAGAUGAACCGGAUGCACGAGAGCAUGAAGCUGUUUGACUCCAUCUGCAACAACAAGUGGUUCACGGAGACGUCCAUCAUCCUGUUCCUCAACAAGAAGGAUCUGUUCGAGGAGAAGAUUGCCCACAGCCCUCUGACCAUCUGUUUCCCUGAGUACACUGGUCCUAACAAGUACGAGGAGGCCCAGGCUUACAUCCAGACCAAAUUCGAGGACCUGAACAAGAAGAAGGACACCAAGGAAAUCUACACCCACUUCACCUGCGCCACCGACACCAAGAACGUGCAGUUUGUGUUUGACGCCGUCACCGACGUCAUCAUCAAGAACAACCUGAAGGACUGUGGCCUCUUCUAAUAACACAUCUGAGAAAGUCAAGAUUACUUGAACAGUUCUAACAACCACGACGGGGGAAACACACACACACAUCAUGAAUGACUGCACUGGCCAACCACGAUUCCUGCUUUGAUCUGCUUUUUAUAAAAACACCUAAGAGACUGAUAACUCGACGGGCCUCGCAGAAUUUCAACAGUUGCUGAUUCAGUCCCUCGUAUCGUUAACUCUUUGGGCUAUGACCACAGAAAAGAAUCAACGUUUGUUUUGUAUUUUUUGUUCUUUUUUGUUUUUUUUCUUCUUCUUUAUUUUUAAUUACUAGAGGAGGCAAAGGAAAACUUUUUUAUAUAAAUGAAUUCAUUUUACUUUUAGAGAUUCUGAUGUGCAAAUUAUUAAACUUUUAAUCACAUGAAGCUUAUUUUUUAAGACAUGAAGUACAGGCAUGGACAGAAGAUAUGAUUGAUAGAGGAAAAGUGCUUUUUUUUUUUAUUAUGUUUACAUAAGUUCAUCAUUCAUAGCCAGACCGCAUAUUGUUCUGCAUGACUCAACAUGGCAAAUAGUAGCUCUGUAAUCUGCACAAAUUAUCUAACAUUCCUACAAAAUAAAAUAAAAAAUAAAAAAGUUAAAAACAAAAAAAACAUGGCUUCACAUGCAGGCAGAAAUGAAAUCCUAACUGAUAUUUAAAGUAUGUGUGUACCUAACAUUCUUUCACUUUUUUAUAGUACCAUUACCAUGUCUGUUGCAGUAUGUUUGUGCCUUGACUUCUGUUUACAACCGAAUCCUAGAUAUGCUUUCAGUACCGUCUGACCAACUGUGCGCCGAUACCUUUUCUUUUUGUUUCUCUGCCUAGCACCCUCUGAAUAUAUAGUGAUUAUUAAUGACAGACGAAAAUCUAAUUCAGAAAAAAAAGGUUAGUGUUUUCUUGGUAAAUAUUAAAAUGCUUUAAAAGUCCUAUAUGAUUUAAUUUAAAUAAAAGUAGAGAUCACUUGA